CUGUGUCCCUCUGACACAGAGGAUCACCAAUCCACAGCAAGAGCCGAAGAUGUCGGCUCGGUCAUGUGAUCAGCUGUGUCCAAUCACAGCUGAUCACAUGGGACAUGUACACAGAUCAUCAGAGCACUGAUGAUCAGUGUGCCCUGAUGAUCUGUGUAGCCCCAGCAGCGCCACCUGUCAGUGUCCAUCAGUGCCAGCUCUCAGUGCUCAUCCAUGCCACCUGCCAGUGCCACAUCAAUGCCACAUUUCAGUGCCCAUCAGUGCCACAUCAAUGCCACAUUUCAGUGCCCAUCAGUGCCACAUCAAUGCCACAUUUCAGUGCCCAUCUGAGCUGCCUUUUAGUGUCACCCAUCAGUGCCAGUCAGUGCCACCUAUCAAUGCCAGUCAGUGCCACCUAUCAGUGCCGCCUAUCAGUGCCAGUCAGUGCCGCCUAUCUG